AGCGAGCCCUCGCUUGACCUCCUUGCAACCGCUGCAGAACUAGUUCAAAGUGAAGAAAAAGAAAAGGAACGUCUCAAAGCACUUACAAUUAAAAUCGAGCCUCAAGAAGAAAUUGAAAAUGAUAAGAAGUCUUGGAGACCAUGGCUGAUCUAAAUCCGUGGUUUUCUUCAAUCAAUCAAUUAAUUAUAGAAGAUUGUGUGUGAUUUUUGUUCAUUUGAAAAAAUGAAUUUUUUUUAUAAUUUUUUUUUUUUUUUUUGAUUUUCUUGCAGCAGCAUAUAUAUAUUUUUUUUUUAACUCUUUUCUUUUUUUGUUUUUAUUGCCAUCUGAUUUUUUGCGUAUGAUGGAUUUAAAAUGGGAUUUGUACAAAAUAUGUAAUCCUGUAUCUUAUUGUAUAUUUUUAUAUAUAUAUAUUUUUGCAUGAGACAUAAUUUCUUUCGCCCUUUUUUUUUGCAUUUACUUUACUUUUACCCUGACAAAAAAAAAGAAAAAAAAAAUUAUUUUAAGUUGGUUUUGGUAAAAAAAAGACGUGCCAUAAUGGGUCGAUGUUUUUUAUCGACUGACAUUACAUUGUCAAAAAUUUUUUUAACCAAACAAUUUAUUUUUAUAAAAAAAAAUUUUUUUUAAUACCAAUAUAAAAAACUUUUUUAGAAUUUAGUUAUAAAAGUUGGUAUAGAUGAGUUAAUUGUCAAUUGUUGUCGGACAUUUUGGUAUAUUACAAAAAAAAAACACAGUUCAGGGUGUAAAAAGAAACUUUUAGAAUUUAUUAUUUUUUUUUUCAAUUCUUUAUUUACAACCAGCACGUUUCAUAUUAUAUAUAUUACUUCUUUUCUUUCUCUCCAAUGUUUUUUUUUAAUAGUGUAGUUUCUUUAGCAGUUGUAGAAUACUCUAUAAUACUACUAUACCAAGUACAUAUUUAUAUAUUUAUCAAAAAAUUUGUCAACAUUGGAGGAUUUGCUAAAUAUUCUUUUAUUUUUUAACACUUGUACAAAAUUUUCUCCUUCUCCCCUUAUAUAUAUAUAUAUACACACAAACAUAUAUA